AUGUUCUUCCCUAGACCUCCAAUGACAACUGGCUACAACGGCAACCUGAAACGGCUGCGCGCUCAACAACCAUCUUACAUUGCCUCUAUAGCCAGUUAUCCUGAAUGCUGUGGCGCUGCUGUCGUCCAGGGCUGUGACGGUGGAUUUGUGCCGAUAGGAAGCUGCAUCAGGAAAGCGGGGGUGGGUAUGAGAUACGCGUAUCUGAAGCGGACGCUGGCUGGUCAGUCGGACUCGGAUGGAUGCUUGGCCACUCAGAAUGCAUGGGUGUUGUGUCGCCUGAAAAGUAUACGGCUGUCAUGA